AUGGCAACCAGAUGCACAGCGCUGCACAUUUGCAUUUGCCCACAUGCAUGUUCCGCCCAAGCCAAAGGGCGCGUAUUAAACGUUCCGACUGCUCGUGGCCGCAUCCUUGUCCAGGCCCGUCUAGUCGCUGCUGAUCCCACUAGCGCGCCCUGGCUCCAACGUGGCACUACCACCACCUCCUCCUCCUCCUCCACCAAGUCCUCGUCCUCGUCCAUCUUGGGCGCCGACGUGCAGCGCCUUGCUCAACCGCUCCUCCGACGCUCCCAUCUAUGUGCCUAUAUACACGGAAUACACGACGCCUGCAAAAACAAGCUGACCGCACAUCUUGCCCCCACCCGUGCCAUUGCCGCACAGCCAACACCCGCCAUGUCAUGUAUACAUUCAUACAUGUACACACGUACAUGCGUAUACAAUGCCUAUAAGCAUAUUAUUUCCUUUUUGCUCAUCCCCGCACAGGCCGCCGACCAUCGCAACACCGCGCUCGGCACGUGCCACUACCUUUUCCCCAUGUGCUGA